GUUCCAAGUAGGGAAGAACAGUUGCCCCUGAAGGCCAGAACAACCAGCUGGAUCAGUUCUCACAGGAGCCGCAGCGCGGAGACUGGGAAAACAUGGUUCCAAAACUGUUCACUUCCCCAAUUUGUCUGCUUCUUCUGUUGGGGCUUAUGGGUGUGGAAGGCUCACUUCAUGCCAAACCCGGACAAUUUACCUGGGCUCAGUGGUUUGAAAUCCAGCAUAUAAAUAUGACCUCUGGCCAAUGCACCAAUGCAAUGCUGGUAAUUAACAAUUAUCAACGGCGAUGCAAAAAUCAAAAUACUUUUCUUCUUACAACUUUUGCUGAUGUAGUUCAUGUCUGUGGUAACCCAAGCAUGCCCUGCCCUAGCAACACAAGUCUCAACAAUUGUCAUCAUAGUGGAGUCCAGGUGCCUUUAAUCCACUGUAACCUCACAACUCCAAGUCGAAGGAUUUCAAAUUGCAGGUAUACACAGACAACAGCAAACAAGUACUACAUAGUUGCAUGUAACAACAGCGAUCCAGUACGGGACCCUCCACAGUAUCCAGUGGUUCCAGUUCACUUGGAUAGAGUCAUCUAAGCUCCUGUAUCAGCACUCCUCAUCAUCACUCAUCUGCCAAGCUCCUCAAUCAUAGCCAAGAUCCCAUCCCUCCAUGUACCCUGGGUAUCAGCAUCUGUCCUCAUCAGUAUCCAUACCCCUUCAGGUUUCCUGAGCUGAAGUCCCUUGUGAACCCUGCAAUAAACUGCUUUGCAAAUUCA